AUGGAUUAUAAUUUGGAUCAAGAUUGCUUUCCAUUCUUUAGAUUACCAGACGAACUAAUUUAUAAAAUCUUCAGCUUGCUCUACGGAAUCGACCUUGCUAGACUUCGCAUGGUUUCGUUCCAGUUCAAUGAUCUUCUACUAUCUGACGAUCAGCUUGCAUGGAGAAAUGCAAUCUAUUCCGAAUUAACUACAAAUCCUCAGCCGCUAUUGAGCGAUGAAAGUUAUUACAACUUUUAUAAGAGAGCCUAUUUAGGAUUAUAUCGGUGUGUUGUUACUAAGCUUGCAGAAGAUCGUAUUACAAGUUUGGAUUACGAGGCUUCAUUUUUUCUUGAGAAAGAAUACUCUUAUUGUCAAUAUCUAAAGGAGAAAGAAACAACGCAGGAAGAAGAAAUGCAACAAGGUUUAUCGACCAUGUACCGUUUGUAUCAUGGUUGUAGACAGUAUCGCUUAGAUUGUUACUUAAUUUUAGCAACUAAACAUGGCUACGAAAUUUGGGCUAAUAAACUAUGCCAACAAGGAGCGAAUGUGCAUUGCCACAAACAAACAAUCAGCCCAUUAAUUAUGUCUAUUCGUGAAAAUAAUGAUACUAUGAUUAAGAACCUAAUCGAAUUAGGAAUCCGUUAUCAUUUGUUAGAUCCACAGUGCUUAGCGCGUUCGAAUUCUUAUGAGUGUGUAUUUCAUGUUAUGGAAGUUUGCAAAGUAUUAACAUGCAUACGUCAUGAUUCUCAUUUAUUACAGCCAUUUUUAAAUAUUAUUGAUUUACCUUCAAUUCAUCAGGCCGCAAUCUUCAAAAGUAUUGAUGAGUUUCGGAAAUAUUUCGAAGAUGGUAAAUACAGUUAUGCUAAUCUCAAGCACUCGGAUGCUUACGGAAUGACACCUUUAAUGUAUUGUAUAAUCUUAGGUCGAGAUGAUAUCGUGAGUUUCAUCUACGGCUUAAAAAAAAAAUACCUUCAUAGCAGCAUUUUAAAUGAAAAUUUUUUUACUUCUAAUAGUAUUAAAGACAUACAACAACUGGUUUUAACUGACUUAACUCGUAAAGAGGUAUUUUAUACAGCUUGCUAUGGGGCAAUCACUUCUCGAAGCCAUCAUGCAAUUCAUUCAUUAAUGUCAGAUUUACCGAAAUUACUACAGUUAUGCAUGCUGUCAGCCACAGAUAUUCAACGUUUAUUGAAGCGAAUUACACGCACAAAACAAAAAGUUAUUGCUCACUAUGGUAGAGAAUUACUUUUUCGAGCGAUAGAAUAUGGACAAGAUGCUUAUAUUCUACAGUUGGCUAUAGAAGGGAUUCGGUUAUCUGUGGACAAUUACGAUUUGUUAUGGCAAUCUAUAAAAAUUUUUUUGUACGAUCAUUAUUUGCUUACUCCUUCGACUGUUAUAUAUAAAUUAUCACCCAUUUCGGCCGUUAUAAACAAUAUCGACUAUAGACGCUUUCAUCAAUUUAUAUUACGGUUGAGUAACGAAGAUUUCGAUGCUAAUAGUACUGUUGAAACAUUACAGCUUUAUAAAUUAGCCAAAGCAAUUUCUGAUUUACCCAUUACUCUGCCUCUAGAUGUGUCGUUGGAUAAUUGUAUAGUUGAAAUAAUGUUUGAAGUUAUGAAAAAUGCAGACUUGAGUUGUCCCCUCUUUCAGGACCAUCAACUACAGAAAAGAUUGGAUGAAAUCAUUUACGUGCUGUUGGAUAAGCUAAUACAUCUUAUUAAAGACUACCAUAAUAUUAACAUUUGUGUUAACAUAGGUAAGAAUGUGUUUUAUCAAGAAACUCUAUUACAUCGUGCAGCUCGAUAUCAAAACCCGGCUUGGAUAAGAUUGCUAUUGCAAGCUGGUGCAGAUAGAGAAAUUAAGGAUAGCGGCCUGAUAAAACCAGUGCAUCAUGCUGACAAAUGGGAUAGACAUCAAAUACCAAUGCGAGUGCAUACAGACAGGCAAAUUCAUCACGCUGGUGAAUGGGCUCGUAACUGGGAAUGUAGGCACUUAUUGAGAAACCUUCAAUCAUGCCCACUGCCAUCAUAG